GAUAGUGCUUCAGUCCCUGCCAGCAUCAACCCGUAUUGCAAAAAGUACACGAAACUGGGAGAGUCACUUUAGUCUUUCCCACACUUGCCAUUUCACAGCCCAGAAGCGUGGGCUUUUUUUCAUGACAGCAGCCGUGUCUGUUCAAGUGUGAUUAACACUGACUUGCCAAAUCUCUCCCUGGGCCAUUUGGGGCUUGCACGCGUCCACGCUCCUUGUUUACACUGAUGCGCCUUCACGCGUAGCCUUUUUGUUUAUCUGACUAGCAAAGGAAAGGGAGGGGUGGACUCCUAAAUAGUCAUUAGCCGGGGACUAUAAAAGCCCCACAGCCUCGGGCUAGCGGGAGAACUGAUCUACUUCAGGAUCAUCAUCGGCAAAGCAGCACCACUCCCUCGUCCGAAUCCCGUGCUGCAGCGGCGGAGCAUGGAGAGCGCACACAUCUGCUGCUGCCCUCCACUUCACGGGUUUAGCUCCCGGGGAUGUUCCAAAGGACAACACGGGGCCGGGGAAUUCUGGAGGCCUUGGAUCCCCGCCCAAAGCGAUGCAGAGAGACGGCUGAGAAGAAAUCAAAGCGUGCUGUAUAGUCCAUAUGGGAUGUCAGAAGCCUCAGGAAAACUUACCCAAUAUACACAUCCAGUUAGACUAUUUUGGCCCAAGUCAAGGUGCUAUGAUUACUUAUAUCAAGAAGCUGAAGCACUUCUGAAAAACUUCCCAGUUCAAGCCACAAUUUCCUUUUAUGAAGACUCAGAUAGUGAAGAUGACAAUGUUGAACUGGAACAAGAUUCAGCAAUAGAAUCUGAUUGCUAACUAUAUGGAGUGCUAAUGCCACCUCUAAAACUUUCUUAUUUAAACUUGAUGUAAAAAUGUAUCAUAGUAUUUUAAAGAUAAUUUAUUUGAA